CUGAGGUUGGUUAUCCGUCCACCACUGAAUCACACCCAUCCUCGAAUAUGACCGUAGUCUCAAAUGAUCCCAGUUGGUGGUCUACAAUCAAAACAUUAAGAUUUUUUAGCUAUUUCGUAGUCGCCUCCUCUACCGCGAUGAUAUACGAUUGGGCACUGACAUUCGGACAAGAAGUUGAGCUGAUCUGGAGGCAACGCUGGUCCCUUAUGACUGUCCUGUAUAUCGGUGUGCGCUACAUUGGAAUGCCGUACGCCGUCAUCAGCUUACUAUUCACUCUUCCGUCGGUCCCGAAACCAGAUGCUGUGAGCAAUAUUAUGCACGCCAUAGAAGCUUGGAUAGGUGUGGUCGUAAAUGCCAUGCUAUGCGUAAUCAUGAUCGCUCGGUUACAUGCUAUGUAUAUGCGAUCGAGAAAGAUUCUUAUCUUUCUGGUUGUGGUUUUCAUAUCUCUCACGACCGCAAGCGUAACGAUUGCUGCGAUACAAACCAGCCACUCUUCAGGAGAGGAGUAUAUCCUCUCAGGUACAUAUGCGUGGAACGAGGAAGGAGGCAGUGUCCAUCUGGAGUCCGACACUUGGAUACUCGGCACGGUAUGGGAGGUUCUUGCACUGUGUCUCGCUGUCUGGAUUGCUGCAAAACACUUCCGUGAACUGCGACGACCUUCCAUGGGAUGGACCGUCGGGGACUGUUUCUCAGUGUUAAUAAAAUCUCAUGUGAUUUACUUUGCAAGCUUCGUUAUUUCUGCUUGUCUCAUCCUCGGUAAUCUCUCUCCUGCAAUCAUGGAUUCGGCUUCUGUGGGCGCAGAGGUUUAUGCUGGUAUUUGCCAAUUCGUCUCUCUCAUGCAGAUGUUUGUGCUGGGACCACGCCUCAUCCUCAGUGUCCGAGAAUAUCAUGCUGAGCUCGUAGCCGGCUCCGACGAAGGAACGGGCAUGACUACAAUGUCUUUCCAGGAACGCGUACAUGUGUCCACUAGCAGUGGUGUGUAGCAAUAUGUAGGAAACAUGAGACUUUUGUCGCUGCAUUGAUAUAAAGUGUUUCGAAUAAGAUUUGAGAGUGCUUUUAUAGGUCCAGGGAAACUGAUAUCAUAUUACAUUAC